CUUGAUUUAUUUUAAGUUUUCCGCUCUCACCGAAGAAAAGUAAGCCACCAAACCUUCAGCUCUCUCUCACACAUAUUCACUAGGAUUCCACACAAGAAAUUUAAUUAACUUGUCAUAUGUGUGUAUAUAUCCUCCACUCAAAAGGUAUCUACUUGGCUCAAAACUGAUCCCACUCUCAAUCUGAAUCUUUUUUGUUUAGCCAGCCAUGGUGUCCAAAUGUUUCACCCUCCAUCUCCAUCAUCCCCAUCCCCACCAUGCUUUUGCUUCUGCACCCAACUCUCAUUCCCAUCUUUCUUACACAUCUCUUCUCCCAAACAUCUUGACUCCCAAGCUAUCAGUCAACCACACACACCAUUUCCUAUAUCAGAAGCCUCAUUUCAUCUCACCCAUGUCAUCAAAUUCAUCCAAACCCACUCCUCUGUUUGAUGAUCCUGAACCUGACCCAACUCUCACAAAUGAUGAUCUCAGGCCAACAACGUCAGAUCAAAGGACUUUUUCAGGGUGGGAAAUGGCUAGUCUUUGGAUUGGACUAGUUGUUGGAGUCCCAACUUACUAUCUUGCUGGUAGUCUUGUUGAUCUUGGAAUGGCUUGGUGGCAAGGAAUUGCAACAGUUGUGACUGCAAACAUAAUCUUGUUGAUCCCAUUAGUCCUUACAGGAGACGUUGGCACGCGAUAUGGCAUAUCUUUCCCUGUGCUGGCAAGAACAUCUUUUGGGAUCAGGGGUGCCCACAUUCCCACUUUGCUUAGAGCUUUGGUUGGCUGUGGAUGGUAUGGCAUUGAAACAUGGAUUGGUGGAGAAGCCAUUUUCUUGCUUUUGCCAGAAAGUGUGAAAAACUCUGGCUUGUCUCAGUCUUUACCAUGGCUUGGAACUUCUCCACUUGAAUUUGCUUGUUUUAUUGCAUUUUGGCUAGCUCAAUUGACUAUUGUGUGGAAAGGAAUGGAAGGAAUCAGAGUUCUUGAAAAAUACGCUGCUCCGAUUUUGAUUGUACUCACAUCUGCACUGGUCAUAUGGGCUUAUGUUAAUGCUGGUGGCUUUGGUCACAUGUUGUCCAUGUCUUCUAGGCUGUCUUCUUCUGAGUUUUGGUCCUUGUUCUUCCCAUCUUUAACCGCAAACAUAAGUUUCUGGGCAACUCUGGCACUUAAUAUUCCAGAUUUUACGCGAUACGCCAAGAGUCAGAAAGAUCAGAUAAUUGGCCAGGUUGGCCUUCCUCUGUUCAUGGGUGCAUUCACCUUUGUUGGCCUAGCAGUAACAUCUUCCACUCAAGUCAUUUUCGGACGCAUAAUUUCAAGUCCAAUUGAGCUUCUUGGACAAAUUGGCGGAUUCACGACAACAAUUCUUGCCAUUCUUGGAAUCAGUCUGGCUACAAUUACAACAAAUAUAGCAGCAAAUGUGGUUGCUCCAGCCAAUGCACUAGUCAAUCUCAGUCCAUCCAUUUUCACCUUCAGAAAAGGCGUACUUUUAACAGCAUUGCUUGGAAUUGCAUUUCAGCCCUGGAGGCUCCUUAAAUCAAGUGAAAGUUUUGUGUACACAUGGCUAGUUGGAUAUUCUGCAUUGUUGGGGCCUAUUGGAGGAAUAAUUCUAGCAGAUUACUAUCUUUUAAAGGGUGCAAAGCUGAGUAUCAAGGACAUGUACACAUUAAAUACUCAAGGGGAAUACUAUUACAGCGGCGGAUUCAAUAUAUCAGCACUUGCUUCGUUAGUCAUUGGAAUUUUACCAGUGAUUCCAGGAUUCUUAGAGAAGGCGGGAGUUCUAACCGCGGUUCCUGGUCCAUAUAUGGUCAUUUACAACAAUGCUUGGUUCUUUAGCUUUUUUCUCGCUGGAGCUAUGCACUGUAUUCUUUCAGGUUUAUUAGGAAGAAAAGACAAGUCGCGACAUGGAGAUCCCCUCAUAAGUUAAUUCUUCACCUUCAAUAUUCAUUCUUUUACACUUAUACACGUUUGAAUUGUACAAUAGCAAAUAACGUUCUUGUAUUAUAUAACAGAAGUUGUAUUGUUCCAUUUUGUCGAUAUUUAUUCAAUGUAGCACAUCAAUAGUUUCAUAUCGAAUCAAAGUCUGAGAUCCAGAUUUGUUGAAUACAUAUAUGUUUAAGUU